CUCGACGACAACGUCAUCAAUCAAUCACAGAAACUCCUAAAGAAGCAAUUUCCGAACAUUGGUGGCUGGCAAGACACACUGCUAUGCCAGACAUCCUUCUCUGUUGUUACUGACGAAUCUGUCCAGAUUCACCACACUGGAAAAAAUCACUGGGUUUGCUCAACGUCGAUUAACGGACAUUUGCGGGUUUACGACAGUUCGUCCAGCAAAAACAUUACGUCAUCGAUGGAAAUACAACUGGCUGAGUGCUACCAGACCCUGGCCACGGACAGGACCCUUGCUGUGGAACUGCCGCCUGCUCAAACACAGCAAGGAGGUGGACUGUGGCUUAUUUGCCAUUGCAUUUGCCUACGAACUAGCGAAUGGGAAUGA